AUGGACGAGUUGGGGAGCUUCUAUAAGUCUGAGCAGGUUUUGAGCUCCGCUCAGAGGAAGAAGCUCAAGAAGAAGCAGAGGCAGUACGAGGAGCAGCUGGAGCUUGACCAUCAGAUCGACUCAAAAAUUAAGUUGGGCGAGGAGGAGUUUGACCUCAUUCAGGGCAAGCUGGCCGAGUUGGGCUUCAGGAUUCACGGCAUACAGCCUGACGGCAACUGCCUUUUCAAGUCAAUUGAGCAUCAACUUAAGUUUCACAAGGACGCUGGUCUCGACGUCAGGUGUUACUCGUACAAGCAGCUUCGGCAGCUUAGUGUUGACUACUUGAGGGGCCACAAAAACGAGUUUAAGCACUUUGUUGCGAACUCGUCUGGUACGUUGCCUCUAUUGUUCGACUCCUACUGUUCUAAGAUGGAGAAAGACGGUGAAUGGGGGAGUGAGAUCGAGUUACAGGCUCUUUCUAAGUUGCUGAUGUGCAAGAUCACUGUUUACAAUUCAGCGACAUCGAUUGAAUACGGCGAUGAGGGACCUUUUGACAUCAACAUCUCUUUCCAUCGACACCAGUAUGUUUUGGGGCCUCAUUACAAUUCCAUCGUGCCUCUUUAA